GGACAACAAGGUCCCAGAGAUGACGUUAGAGCGAGCCGUGAACCUGCUGACACAGGACAACGAGGAAACACUCGUAUGUGCAGCGGGUCACAUUCAGAACCAGUGUUUCAAGAGCAUCGAAGCUAAGAAGAUGGUGUACUAUCUACGGGGCAUCGGGAAACUCCUGCAGCUUCUGCACAUCGACAACGAGGAGGUGCAGCGAGUGGCAGCAGGAGCGCUACGCAACGUUGUGUACCAGAACAGCGAAAACAAGAUGGAGGUGAAGGAGAACGACGGCAUAGCCUUGAUCCUGAGCGCACUGAAAAGCAGUCGAGACGUGGAGACCAGGCGACAACUCACAGGUCUUUUGUGGAACCUCUCUUCCCAUGAUCUUCUGAAGGAGCGUCUGUCCAGAGAAUCCUUAUUCGUCCUCACUAAGUACGUCCUUGUGCCAAGUUCGGGCAUUUCAGAAGGCGAGAACCCAAAAGAUGAGCUUCUGGCUGACGAUGAGGUUUUUCACAACGCCACAGGCUGCCUGAGGUACACUCUCCUUUGUUAGCUCUGAAACUGGAAACGCUGAGUGCUUUUGGAGUAAACUGACACCCAGUACUGGAGGCAGACGUUCAGCGAAUGCCUUAAAAACACAAAAAAAUUCCUUUUGAUAAAUCACUAAAGUCAGGUCUGAAGUGGAAACUAGUCGUUCAGGGGCCACAUAUGGAGAAGCAGAUGGAUUGGAAGUUAGAAGUUAGAGACCUCAGUUGGGGAGUGCGAAGGUAAAGGGGUAGUAAAUUGAUGAUAUUACAGAGAGUGAAACUUGGCAGGAGGCAGAUCUGCUCCCACACUGUCUCACUGCGACCGUGUGUGCCAAAGAGUUAUGAGUAAACAGUCUCUCAUCGCAGCAUAACCUGAUAUCAGCCCUCAGAAAUCUGCUGAAAUCCAAAACGCUGACUGUAGAUCUGUGAGGACUAUCAAAAACCAUCAAGGUUCCUGAUGAAAAACUUCACUGAAUUUGUUCUAGCAGCUGUCAGCAAGGAUGAUGGAUUAAAGAAAAAUCUGGUUCAUUUUAGGCAGCACCCGCAGGUCAAAAACGCCAAAAUCUUUUCACUUUGACCAAGUCAGCACAGGGAAAAUAAUCUUCAUACUCCUUAAAACCAUAAGUCACCACUGACUGUUGUGACUAUAGGGAAGAGAGUUAAUGUCUUACUGGGAGCUCAUUUAAUAAAGUCCCACCAUCUGGGAAGGAUAUUACUAUAUUUCAUGGCUGUACUUUCUAAGUCCAAUUUAUUACAUUACAGGUAGUUUGAGCCACUUUAAGCCAACUUUUACUUCAAGUAUGUUCUCUUCAGUCUUGUGACUCAUCUCUUGCAAUUUUUUUGCUGAGUGCCAGGCCUA